GACCUGCACAUAUUGUUGCCGAUGUCAUGUGUCAACAACAGCUUGAAGUUCGUUGUGCCAUUGGUAGACUCGAUUCCUUGAAGCGUAACGUUAGACGUCUACAGAAAGGCGCACUGCCAAAAGAGCCAACAUCAUUGCGAGAAUUGGAGCAUAUCAAUGGUGAAUGGAAAACUACAGGAGCUCCAGAAUACCAGAAUUUCCUCAUUUAUGAUAAUGGACCUGAGUCAGCAGAGAGAAUUAUAGUGUUUGCAACCAACCAGGCACUUGAACAUUUAGCUCGCAGUACCACAUGGUUUAUGGAUGGGACUUCUGCAACGGCUCCAAGACUGUUCCAGCAGUUAUACGUCAUCCGAGCUCCCCUUGGGCUAACUGCUGUAACAUGUCUGUAUGCGUUUCUAUCCGCAAAGUCACAGUCAGUCUAUGAAGAACUCCUCAGGGCAGUCUUGCAUAAGUGUGGUCAUCUGGGAUUCAAUCCACAUCCCACAAGUGUGAUGACCGAUUUUGAACUUGCAAUGAUCAAUGCUGUUUCUACAGUUUUGGGACCAAAUGUUUCAUCUUGUGGUUGUUUCUGUCAUCUGACCCAAAGUACAUGGAGAAAGGUGCAAAGUUUAGGACUGACUACUGCAUACAGGAGUGAUAAUCGCGUGAAACAUUUUUGUGGAAUGUUGGCUGGACUGGCUUUUUUACCUAUAGACGAUGUGGCCAAAGGAAUGGAUUAUCUGAUGGAGAAUACACCUGAUACUGAAGGACUGGAGGGCUUAGUGGAGCAUUUCAGUAGCAUGUAUGUGUUUGGCACUUGUCGUCGCAUCCAGCCACCAGCUCUUCCUGAUGGAAUACUUCCUCCAGUGUGCAUGAGAAGAAUUCCUCCCCUGCUUCCACCACAGUUAUGGAAUGUCCAUCAGGCAACCAUUGGUGAUGAGGGUCCCACCAACAACAUAUGUGAGAGUUGGAAUUUUGCUUUUCAUGGGCUUGUGGGGCAUGACCACCCAACCAUAUGGAAGGCCAUCGAAGGUAUUAGAAAGGAUCAAGCUGUUGAAUCAGCAGCCCUAUUUAAGAAUUCUUGUGGUGAGCCUCCAACAAAACGAGUCAAAUGUGCCAUAAAGGAUCAACAGCAAUUGAAGAACUUGUGUCUGGACUAUGUCAGUGAGAGGAAGACCUUGGAGGAAUUUCUGAAUGGCGUAGGACACAGCAUCAGGUGCAUGGCAGAUUAUCUGAUUAGUGGAGGCACAGGUUAUGUCCCAGAUGAUGGACUCACUGCUCAGCAGCUGUUCUCCAUUGGAGAUGGCCUGACUUACAAAUCAGCUCAUCAGUUUGAUGCUGAUGGACUCACAGGCGAGCAGCUUUUCUCUAAAGAGGAUGGAGUGACUUACAAUGAUUUCCUGAUUCUACCUGGAUUCAUCGAUUUCACCUCUGAUGAAGUGGAUUUGACCUCUGCUCUGACCAGGAAAAUUUCUCUUAAGACCCCUUUGAUCUCCUCACCCAUGGAUACAGUGACGGAGUCUUCGAUGGCCAUCGCCAUGGCACUCAUGGGUGGGAUUGGGAUCAUUCAUCACAACUGCACACCAGAAUUUCAGGCGAACGAGGUGCGCAGAGUCAAGAAAUUUGAACAGGGCUUUAUUACGGACCCGGUGGUAAUGAGCCCUCGCCACACUGUGGGCGAUGUUUUUGAGGCCAAGGUCCGUCACGGCUUCUCUGGCAUCCCCAUCACAGAGACGGGCAAGAUGGGUAGCAAACUGGUGGGCAUUGUCACCUCCAGGGACAUAGACUUCCUCACCGAGAAGGACUACAGCAGACCGCUAGAGGAGACAAUGACCAAAAGGGAGGAUUUGGUUGUUGCACCUGCUGGGGUCACCCUGAAAGAAGCCAAUGACAUUUUGCAGCGCAGUAAAAAAGGGAAGCUUCCCAUUGUCAAUGACAAUGAUGAGCUGGUGGCUAUCAUUGCCCGCACGGACCUGAAGAAAAACCGUGACUACCCACUGGCUUCCAAGGAUUCGCGCAAGCAGCUGCUCUGUGGAGCUGCUAUUGGUACUCGGGAGGAUGACAAAUACCGGCUGGAUCUGCUCAUGCAGGCUGGAGUGGACGUAGUCGUUCUGGACUCCUCACAAGGAAACUCUGUCUACCAGAUUAACAUGAUUAACUACAUUAAACAGAAGUAUCCAGAGCUUCAGGUGGUUGGAGGCAAUGUGGUGACUGCUGCUCAGGCGAAGAACCUGAUAGACGCUGGAGUAGAUGCACUCCGCGUGGGGAUGGGCUGUGGCUCAAUCUGUAUCACUCAGGAAGUCAUGGCUUGUGGUCGGCCCCAGGGUACAUCAGUCUACAAAGUAGCAGAGUACGCGCGUCGCUUUGGUGUCCCAGUCAUCGCAGAUGGUGGAAUCCAGACUGUGGGCCAUGUGGUGAAAGCACUUGCACUGGGGGCAUCAACAGUGAUGAUGGGCUCAUUGCUGGCUGCCACCACAGAAGCUCCUGGUGAGUACUUUUUCUCUGAUGGUGUGCGACUGAAGAAGUAUCGAGGUAUGGGUUCUUUGGAUGCCAUGGAGAAGAGCAGCAGUAGUCAGAAGCGCUACUUUAGUGAGGGGGACAAGGUGAAGGUGGCCCAGGGAGUGUCUGGUUCAGUCCAGGACAAGGGUUCUAUUCACAAAUUUGUCCCCUACCUGAUUGCUGGAAUCCAGCACGGCUGCCAGGAUAUUGGGGCCAAGAGCCUGUCCAUCUUGCGCUCCAUGAUGUACUCUGGAGAACUGAAGUUUGAGAAGAGGACCGUGUCCGCCCAGGUGGAGGGCGGUGUCCAUGGACUCCACUCUUAUGAGAAACGGCUCUACUGAAUCUGGAGGUCAGGUGCAUACGACAGAGGCUGGGCAGACAGGUCAAGCCCCCAACAUAUCAACUCCAACUCUGACCAGACACAACGGAUACAUGUGACAAAUAUCCCUCAACCCUACUUCCAUUUCCUCUCAGUAACUUUCCUGUUAUCUCCCCACCCCUCCUCUGUGCUGGAGGUGCUCACUCUCUCUUGAAAUUUUUACCACAGACCUGCCAGGAAGUGCCCCUAGUCUGUAAGGGGUGCUUCCAUUCUGUGGUUAGUCAGCCAAGCAAGGACUGUACACUCACCAAAAAAAAAGAAGAAAAAACCUCACAGAACAUCCAGCAUCAUAAGUGAUGCAAGACAAAUGUUAAUCCUGCUACCUGAUGCAUCUUGGCAAUCUUGUGUUUUUGAAACACACUUUACCAUGGAUACACACACGUAAUGCCAUGAGAAAUGGCAGCAUAUCUAGUUCUCAGCGAAUUCAGUCACAUUGCAGAACACAGGGUGAAGAAGGGUGAGCUUCUGCUGGCUAUGUUGCAGGAUCAUCAGGGAUGUGGUGCUGGACUCCUGAGAAGCUCUACAUGGUCCUGUUAAUGUGACAAGAUGGUGGAAUGGUCCCUGAUACCUCCCCUUGCUCACAGCAGUCCCAGCAGUAAAAACCAAAACAAAAAUCUGCUUUCUCUUGCUGUAGACAGACUUCUUUUGCGCUCUGCACUGCCAGCAGUCCUCCCAUGUCAUUGCCAGAAUGGAUGCUGAGAAUGGGCAUGUGGAGUGUGCACUACUUCAGCAAUGAUCCUGUGCGCUUACACUGUGCAGCCCCUUGCCAGCUCAAUAAGCAACACCCUAGUGCAGGUACAGCAUGCUGAUAGUUGGUGUAAAAUGUGUGGGACCAAAAGCUUAAAACAUUUAGCCUUAAAUCUGGGAUAUGUUCAACCCAAGAGCCUUAUGUGUGAAGACGUUCUGUGUGAAUAAUGGUGCAGUCAUUAGUGAAGUUUCAACUGGAAUCGUCAGCUUCAAUCAUUCGAAGUAGUUUAAAACCUUUAGGUGUUGGGUUGGAAACUAUAAUACAAAGGCCAGGUGCUAAAUGCAUGCAAUGGGAUUUCAUAACAUUUCUCCAAAAAGGGUACUUUACACAUUUCCAUAUUUAUCUUACAUGUUUUUUUUUUGUGUUGCCAUUAUACUUUGGAGAACCCAACUGUGAGUCAAGGGAUUUACCCAUCUAUAGUGCCCAUCACCUUUUGAGUGGAUGUACUCUGCUUAUUCAUGAAAACGACAUGCCUUGAUGAGACCAAAAAUUAGUUUUGUUGCAUGAAAUGAGUCUGCCACCCCCUCAUUUUCAUGUCUACAUUUAUUUUUCUUUGCAGGUGGCAUUGUGUGUGUGUGUGUGUGUGUGUGGGGGGGGUUUAAAUUGAAAAAGCUUGGUGUCCCUGAAUAGAUGUUCAGGCUGGAAUUUGUUGAAUUCAAAGUGCACAGUAAUAAGACACAUGUGACAAUCUUGGUGGGAUGUAUUGACAGCAUGGCCAUCCUUCAAACUGCAUAAAAAGGUCUUCUUACAAAGCAGUUUGAUCUUGUGUGAGCCAUCACUUCUCCAAUAGACUUUCAAGUUGAUUUCUCAACACGUAUCAUUAAACACUACUUUUUAUUAACAUUAAAAGCAUGGGUUAGAUUUAGUGCCCUUGUAGCGGUGAAGUCAAGAUAUUCUCACAAAGGUGUUAGAAUGUGCAUGUGGAUUCCGGGCUGUUGGAAAGUGCUCAAGUAACCAGUGACGUUUCCUGUCUCUCUCAUGCUUUCUAAAAUGUAGCUGCCUCUGUUUAUAUAAAAAAAAGAAAAAGGCUUGAUGUAGGCCUGGCUUUUUACAAAAAGAUGACGUAAAAGCAAUAUUUUUACUUUUCUAGAUAACUGACUAUUCAUCUCAGCAGUAUUCAUCCUUUGAACAUUUUCAAAAAGCUUGUCCUGUACAGUUCAGCGUACUGGUUUGUUUUACAUUUGCAGAAGUUUUUCAAAUGUAGACUAAUGCAUAAUCCCAACUAGUUUCAUUCAAACUUUGAUCAGCUUUUUUAUUUAUUUAUUUUUUUUUUAAACCUAAGCUGCUGAAAAUUAAAUUUCUCAAUGUAGAUCAAAUGUUACACUUAGUUUUGAAACUACAGGUACAGGGCAGUGUCUUGGAGGUUCCUGUCUCAAUUUCUGACCAAAUCAUUUUACCCAUUUUCUAGCACAAAUGUUGGUUACACAUUUCAGUUGAUAGCCAUAACCACAAGAAGGUAAAGGUUCUGUAGAGUGCAUGGCCUUGGAUAUUGACCAGAUGUAUUGUCCAUGAUGUGUGCUACAUCUCUGCUGCACCUGGUUGAACCACAGUUCCACAGAAACCAACUGGAAUAAAACAGUACAUGUCAGUAUUAUUUUUACAGCUCACCUCUGUGCCAUUUUUUUUUUCCCUUGCUGGAUCACAAUUUUAAGAUGGGAGUGAAUUGCACAAGAAGGAUUUUAUUUGUAGAUUUUGACAAAUGGUAAAAAGAUGGAAAAACUUCCUUUUCUGUGUAGGUAGAUACUAUGGGUCAAGUAUAUUAGGUUCCUCCUCUGUUGUUUGUGGCAGCUGGCAGUUUUGUGGUCCGUUGUAUCAGUGCUGUAUGUUCUACCUAUAAAGUGAAGCUUUAAAGCUGAUCCUACUGUUCAAUAUUGGAAGGAUAAUAAAGUUUCAUUUAAAGUCU